AAAAAUUUUACAUUCUAGCAUGUUUUUGCUAUUUUCUCUGAAACACAAUUUGCGACGAGUGACUGGUUUAGCUUGUCUUUGCCACAAAUAUGAAAGUAGUAGUACAGAAGUAGAAAUAGUGAUACUAUACUAUGAUAAAGUAAAGAGACACGAAGAGAAAACUAUGAAGAGAAGGUAUAUUAUUGAGAAAUCAUUUAGAAAAGUGUCACAAAAGAAGAAAUCCAUUGUAACAAAACAAAGGAAAUUAGUUUGAAGUUACUCUUAACUCUUUCGCUACGGCGAGCCUCUCACAGCGGCGCAGAUAAAAUAUGCAGUUUGAGCGGAAAGCCGCCGACAGCGGCUUGUUGACGUCACUGUAAACAAAUGAGGAUAUCCCGGGGAUAUCCCCAUGACGUUUGCAUAUAUUAUAUUGAACAACAAUCUGCAUGACCUUUGACCUUAUUUUAAGCUGUUGUGGGCGGCUUUCCGUCUGAAUAAAGGCUGAAACAGGCUUCAAGCUGGCAUUGUUGUUUUGAGUAAAAUUUAAAUGGCUGCGCUUGAGAGACGUAAUUUAACUGCAGAAGAAGUGCUUCGCAGACUUGCACAGUGGGAUGUCAAUGAUGAUGAUACCCAGAGUGAUAGUGAUUAUUCAGAUACUGCCACUGAAUCACAAGAUGACAUGGAUAUUAGCGAUGAUGAUAGUGUAGGCCUAGCUAGUCAUGAUAGUGAUGGUAAUGAAAGUGUGCAUAACACUAGCACCAACAAUGGUGACAGUGACAACUUUCAGCCUGUACCAAAUCGGAGACGGAAUGUCAGAGGGCGUGGUCGUAGACGUGGACGUGGUCCUGUCCGUGGCCAUGGGCAAGGUGGACCCAUUGCCGAUAAUUGGAAUAAUGUGACUAAUUCACAGAAUGAUGCUGCGAGCCUUGUAUUUCCCUUUCAACCCACUCAACAGAGGAACCCUGGUGUGCAAGCACUUUUGGAUGAGAAUUCAAGUGAGUUAGACUGUUUGUUUGAAUUGCUGUCAGAUGACAUUCAAGAUGACGUGAUUCGUAUGAUAAAUGAGUUUGCUGAAUACAGGAAACGUAUAAAUAAUCCUCCAAAGCGUAGGUCUGUGUACAACACGUGGAAGCCAAUUGACCGCCAUGAACUUUUGAAAUUCCUGGCCGUACUUAUUGCCAUGGGUCUCAAUAAAAAGCCAUCAAUAAAGGAAUAUUGGAGCAUGUUCCCACCUUAUUAUAACCCAUGGUAUCAUAAGAUGUUUUCAAGAGAUAGGUUUGAAGUAAUCUACCACACAAUGCUUCAUGCAUCCGAUAUUGAUGCACUGUCGAAGGACAAAAUUGAACCCUUUUUGAACAAACUUCUUGAAAAGUUUCAGGAGGCAUUCUACCCAUUUCAGAAUCUAUCGUUGGAUGAAAUGGUGAUUGGGUGGAAAGGACGUUGGAAAUACAAGCAGUACAAUGCUUCCAAGCCCAGAAAGUAUCACAUCAAGACAUUUGGACUCUGCGACAGUAUUACUGGGUAUGUGUGCAACCUUCUUGUGUACUUUGGGAGAGACACUUCGUACAAUCCUGAUCUAGGCAGGGGCACUGGUCAAGCAGAGAAAGUGUUUGAGUAUUUACUGAGGCUUUCUCGGUAAAGGUCAUCAUGUUUUUGCUGACAGAUACUACACCACAGAGAAACUGAUUAGGUUAUCUAAUUGAAAAGAAGACUCACUUCACUGGCACACUAGCUCUCAAUCGGAAAGGUUUUCCACUGGAACUGAAGACGCUGAAACUGAACCAUCGAGAGGCUCGGUGGUACAGGAGUGAUGAUGAUAAAAUACUAUGUGUGAUGUGGAAAGAUAAGAAAGGGAAGUCAAAAAAAGACAAGCCAGUUGUUGUUGUGUCAACACAAGCUUCGGUCAAAACCAAACUCAUCACAAGAAAACAAGGUGAUCCAUUCAACAUCCCGGAAGUUAUACAGGAUUAUAACAUGUCGAUGAAUGUGAUCGCAUGGAUCAAUCUGUAUCAUACUAUGGACAAUUCAAUCGCAAAACGAUCAAGUGGUGGAAACGCAUCCUCUUAUGGCUCUUGGAAAUUUGCCAGGCUAAUGCUUACAUCUUGUAUUGUCUGACAUGUGCAGAUGACACUCCCAAGUUGAGUUUGAAGAUGUUCAAGAACAAUCUUUUGAUUCAAAUUGAGAAGGCAGCUAUUGCGAACCUUCCUCCCAAUGCUGAUAUAUCCAGACCAAGACCAGGGAGACCCUCAAUUCUUGAGAUUUCAAGGAAAUAGGCACCUUGUGAAGUAUGUCAAGGAUGACAGAAACUGCGUGGUUUGUAGCAAUCCUGUCACUCGCAAAAGGACAAACUUUGUGUUCUGGUUGCACCGGCAACCCACAUCUCCAUCCAAAGGAAUGCUUCUACCAGUAUCAUACAUCAAACUAAUUCACAUUUCAGUCAAGUAAUACUCAGACUCAUAUACAAUAAGUAAUUUUCAUAAUAAAACAUUUAUUUCAGCAUUACUACGAUGAACCAGAUAUCAAUUUUUAUAGUUUCUAUUUUUUCAAACAAUUUUUAAUUUUUCUACUUUGACGUCAUAUGACGUCACAUAUGACGUCAUAUUGUCUAUACCAAAAUUAUACAAUUAGACAGAGGAGGUCUCAAGGAUAAAGAAUAUAUACACUUUUGCUAUUUUUUCCCCUAAUUUCUAAUUUUUCAAUUUAUGACAUCAUAUGACGUCAUUAUGACGUCACAUGUCAUAUUGUCUAUACCAAAAUUUAUUAGACAGAGAAGGUCUCAAGGAUAAAGAAUAUAUAUACUUUUGUAAAUUUUUGAAAGCCAAUUAAAAACUUAUAACGCUUUUUCUAUAUAUCUCCUAUUUUCCCCAAAUUUCCUGAAUUUUAUUCCGUCCAGAUAUGAGAAAUAUUGAAUAGGAAAUUACGUAGUGAAAGAGUUAAUGAGUAGAUAUAAUUUAUAAUCCACAUCUCUGUUAAAAAAGUAAAGCACUCUAAGCCUUCCAUCGGCGAGUCGAUUGGCCGAGCAGUUAAGACGGGAACUGUGAGAUACAGCCAUAAUAUUGGCGCUGUUUGAACGGCACGCUCGCCUAUGGUUCUGAUGGUGGAAUAAAUCUUCCCGGAUAAGUAUUCUAAACUGUAGGUCCAGUGUCCAUAAUCGGCUCGUGUGCACUUUAAAGAACCAAGUACUGUACAUCCUUCAAGAGGAGUAGGGGGGGUCACCUCAGUGUACUGGUCCAUUUCAGUCCCUGUCUGGCAAAAGAAGGAGCGUUUACAUCGCGGCCCAUGUCAGGUAUCCUACCUGCGAAUCCUUCUACCACACUACGUAAGCAAGAUCAUACACACUAGCUAUGUAGCGACUUGAGAAGAAGAGCUCCUCAUAAUUGAUUGCCUGUGAUGCUAUCUCCAUAAUUGGUUGGCUGUGAUGCUAUGUACAGCAAUAUGUCAUUCAUAGGCACUGACCACUUUAAAUGUAGUGUGCCUAUAACCAUGACAUUUGUGGCAGCGCUAAUUUAACUAUACAACAGCAAAUGCAAACAAUAUACUUUAUAAGGGGUCAUCCAUUAUUUUCAUCAUUUUCACAACGUACGCUGGGGGGAUGGGGUUGAAGGCAUGUGUACACUUUAAAAAAAGUACAAAAAUGAGGAUUUGGAAAUGUUGGUCUACGCUUUUGUGCCUAGCCAUUCCCCUAGAAAGCCUAAGUUUACCGUUAUAAAUUCACUGGUAAAUGUUCAGUUUAUCAAUUGUUUAUACACAGCGUCAUCUUACAUCCCUGAUUAACGAUGUGUUGAUAAGCAUUGCGUACAUAUAAACAAUUUAAAAAUACAAGGGAAAUACACUUCUAGCUCCGUAAAUUUGGAAUAAGCUGUAAGGCAGUAGCCGACGAAACCACAGCCUGACACUGACAGUUUGGUAGCAGCAUUUGGACCAUGUGUUUCACUGUGCUGUGCUAAGCCUACGCCUACCUUAUUUUCUUCUCCCUUCUUCUACUUCAAUAGGGCCUAAUUUCUACCUUUUAAAGUCAAUGGGCCUACAUCACUCACUCACUCUAACAUUAUUUUAAAACAUAAUUUAUUAUUUGUAUUCCAUGGAUACUUAUGAAAACACAAAUUUUACGUGUUAUCUAUUUACUAAAUACAACACCAGCAAUCCACAAAAAAGAUUCAAGCCUAAGGUCUGAGGCAGUGUGAAGUUGGCACUCAUUCAAAAAUACAAUGAAAAUUAUGAAAGUAAUGGAUGGCCCCUAAACCUUUCAGUGAAUGGUGGG